AGCAAAUUAGUCUAAAAUACAAUCAAUAUUUUUGUUUUUUCAGGAGACAGCAAGAAAAGGUCGGUACAAGACAAGCCUUUUAGCUUCUGCAGUUUGGCGGGCACCAAACCUUCUUCCCUUCCAAAUCCAAAACCAUAACAUACUACAGCCAGUACUAAAACCUCUUUCUUUCUCGAAUCUCCAGCCCCAUCAAUAAGACCUUUGCUGCUGUCCUACUUUUUUUUUUUGAGGAUUUUGAGGAGGAAGAGGUUCAAUGCAGAAAGGUAAGAAGAGUAAAUGCACAUCUGUGUCGCACCAUCUGUUGAUGGACAAUGCAAAAACCCGGCUAAAUGAUCUUCAUGAAAGGUUCUCUAACCUUCAAGCUGCAAGGAAAGAGGGGUGGAAUAGUGAUGUUGCUGUGUUGGAGGAGCAGGUGUACAAAGGUCUUCGUGAGUGGAAAGCUGAGCUUGAUGUGCCAUCACCUGCCAAUUCUUUGCUUGAUAUCAGUCUGGGAUCCUUUUCAGAUGACAUAGGCCGCUUGUUACAAUUGUACGAGGAAGAAGAUGAUGCCACAAGUCCACUAACAAUGCAGUCAGUUUUGAAGCCAGAAAUGCAGCCCGAGCCCAAUUUUCAAAACCUUAAUCCUGGCAAUUUAACAACAUUUCAACAUGAAUAUUUGGUGAAUAGUCAUGGUCAGGGGCUUGGAUUUCAAGGGUUUCAUCAACCCAACAGCUCCGCCUCUGGUUUGCAAAAUGUAGUGGUUAGCGCCCCAGAUAUAACUACUUUAUUGGAUUGUCAACAGUUCACUUUGGAUGAAGAAUUUGACCCUGGGCUUUUUGGUGGAACCAAUGACAUUGAAGAGUGUGGAAAAAAUGCUGAGAGUAACAAUCUGCAGUAUAUCAGCCCUCCACCUUCUGCUUUUAUGGGGCCCAAAUGUGCAUUAUGGGACUGCACCAGGCCUGCUCAAGUAGCUGAAUGGUUAGAGGACUACUGUAGCAGCUUUCACGCUACCCUGGCCUUAAAUGAAGGUCCCCCUGGCAUGGCCCCAGUUUUGCGGCCUAGAGGCAUUAAUUUGAAGGAUAAUUUACUAUUUGACGCCCUUAUUGCAAAGAUACAGGGUAAGAAUGUUGGUAUUCCUCAAUGUGAAGGGGCUGCUGUCAUGAAAUCCCCAUGGAAUGCUGCUGAACUAUUUGAUCUCUCAUUACUCGACGGUGAAACAAUUAGGGAGUGGCUCUUUUUUGACAAGCCUAGAAGGGCGUUUGACAGCGGAAAUAGGAAGCAGAGGUCAUUGCCAGACUACAAUGGCCGUGGUUGGCAUGAAUCAAGAAAGCAGGUGAUGAAGGAGCUUGGGGGCCAGAAGAAAUCCUAUUAUAUGGAUCCACAACCUCCAGGCUGUCAUGAGUGGCAUUUAUUUGAAUAUGAGAUCAACAACUGCGAUUUAUGUGCAUUAUAUAGGUUAGAACUCAAGCUUGCUAAUGGAAAGAAGUCUCCGAAAGGAAAAGUUUCAAAGGAUCCACUCGCUGAUUUGCAGAAGAAAAUGGGAAGGCUCACUGCUGUUGUAACUGCAGAUAACGGCCCCCCUCUUAAGGGAAAGACAAAGGCUGAUAGAGAAAACUGAUUCUGGAGAUGUUAAUUGUGCUCACGAUCACAAAACUUCUGGCACUGCAUGGGCCCCGGGCCAUGAUUCCGUACAAUCAUUUUCUAAAUAGCUUUGGCAUAUUACGUGGAACAUAGUUUCAGAUUAUUACCUGAUUGUGGAAACUAACAGAAUUCUAUAACAAGGUAUUGCUGAUGAUUCUUUAGCAAGUAAUGGCUGGUGAUUUUGUAUAGAUGAAGUUCACUACUUUAGUAACAUCUUGGCAUUACUUCUCUUUCCAGUUAGCAAUGGCAGACGCUCAUCUGCUCUGUUGAUUUGGAGAGACAUCCUAGUUUGCUUUAUAUAUUGCUGGCACAGAUAAUUAGCGUACAGAGUAAUCAACCACUACACCUUCAACAGUUAAGUUGGAGACAAAGGUCAAUACUGAAGAGGACUUCUCUAAGUGUACAGUAGGUGAUACCAGUUUUAGUAUUUGUGUACCCUGCUACUAUUAAGCCUAUAUAUUAUGAUGCUGACAAAACAUAUUUGAAAUCAAGAUGGAUGUGCAUCAUUAUACUUCUUUAGAAUAUGCGGUGAAGACUGAAUGCAGGCAGACUUUGCUCUUGAAUAAUGUUUUUGAUUGAUGUCCGUUCUUGUACUGAAGUAAUUAUUAUUUGUGUUAAAGAGUAAUAAAGUAAAUUAUUUUUUUAUAA